AUGAACUUUGCUCUACCAUUGAUUGUUUUCACGCUUCUAUGCUCGCUUGUUGCCUGCCGACCGAAAUACAAAGGUGAAGAAUUCGACUACCGUAUGUCUGAUGAUGACGCUGGUGUAGUGAUUGAUCGAGUGUUGGAACCAAGACCUAAACAUGACUCGCAUCAUCAUCACCAUCAUCGUCACCAUACUCAUCAUCAUCGUCAUCGUCAUCAAAACAACGACAAACAUUACUUGAAGACGAAUCGGAUUCAAAAUUUUAUGAGAGUAUUCUGA